GCGGACAGAUCCUUCUUUGGACCUGACGACUCUCCGCACCUACCUGAACAAAAUCAACCAGUCCCAAGCCAUCCAGAUCGAGAAGAGCGGCAGAGAUGUCAACUACCACUACCAGGGCGUCAUAAACGACCCCAACUUUGCUUCCCUCCACAAAGCCGCACAGACCUACAUGGGCAGCCAGGGAAUCUCCCCAAACGAUCUCCAAAAUCCUGCUACGCUUCAAACCGUUGUGAACAAUGUUCAGACCGCUUCUCCGACGGCAAACUCUGAGGUCGUGUAUGCAGCAGUGCUGCCGUCGUCCUUCAGUCUGAUCAGCAGCAACCGGGUCGGCGCAGUGAAGAACCAAGGCGGCUGCGCCAGCUGUGUGGGCUUCUCGACCUCGUCGACACUCGAGAGCACCCUCAAGACCCAGGGGGUCAAUAUGGUCGUGUCGGCCGCCGAUAUUUUCUUCUGCGUCGGUUAUGCCGAUGCCAGCUGCGCGAAUGGCUGGUCGAUCGACACUGCUGCUCGCAAGGUCAGCCAGUACGGGUUUGUGUCGGACAGCUGCUUUGCGUACAAACCGGUCCAGCAGGCAUGCACCUUCGGCUGUCCCCAAGGCCGCCACCUUGGACUGGUCUCGCAUCACAUCCCGAGCACGGUGGAGGCCAAGCGACACAUUCUCACCAACGGCGCCGUGCUCACGGCCCUGACCGUCUACGAGGAUUUUAUGAACUGCUGCUCGAACAACCAGGUGUACCAUCAAGGUGCCAACCAGCCCCUUGUCGGAGGACAUGCCGUCGCCUGCGUCGGAUGGGACGACACCUUGCAAGCUUGGCUCUGCCAGAACUCCUGGGAUACCUGGUGGGGCACCAAGGGCUUCUUCUGGAUUGGAUACGGCCAGAGCGGCAUCAUGGGCGAUAUGUACGGAUUUGUGUAAACUCUUGUGGCGGACGGUCGAGACCUACAUCCGAGUUGGAAGGGGGGAUAAAGAAGGUGAAAGCGGGUCUUUCAUGCGGUUUGUGUACAGUCUAUCCAGAAAACCGGGAUAGUCGUUUUCUAGUUUCAGGGGCCUGAAGCCUGCGGAACUUCCGUAGGCUGCUGUUGGCUUGCAGCUGUGCGGUUAUUUCCCGUCCUGGUUGGCAAUCUCUUUGUUUUGAUUGGUUUUGGAAGCAUGGUCUUGAAUACACUUGAUCUCCUGUGGUGAUG